GGGGGGGGGGGGGUGCGCAGUGAGAACAAAGUACUCCUCCCCUUGAUAAAUAAGCCUCCUCCCGGGCCGGCCCGUCUCACAUUAUCAGGAAGCGACGUGGGCCUCGUUUCAUGGAUGCGGGGCAGCAGUCAUGAUUUUAACGUUUGUGUCGCUGUUGCUGGCCACGGCUGCCCUGGUGGAGGGUGAUGAAGUCCUAUCAAGACGAAAAAGACACUGGGUCCCCCCGCCAAAGGUUCUCAUCGAAAACACGGACUACUCCAACGAACUCUAUGUGGCGAAAAUCCACUCGGACUUUGACGACGGUAAAGGGAACCUGGCCUACUCCCUGGAGGGCGUGGGCGCCAACCAGUACCCCUUCCACCUGUUCGUGGUGGACCCCAGAACGGGCUACAUUAAGCUCACCAAGAAACUCGACAGGGAGGAAUACAGCAUGUACAAUCUGUCGGGAGUGGCGACCUACACAGAUGGCAGGCAGGCGGAGAAAAACAUUGACAUCAGCUUCAGGGUGGGGGACCAGAACGACAACUCUCCUGUCUUCAAUGUCAUCCCAGCCGGCGCGGUCAAUGAGCGCAGCGGCGUAGGGACGUACGUCAUGAAAAUCAGUGCAACGGAUGCCGACGAGCCGGGAAAUCCCAACUCUCAGAUCGCGUACAGCCUGGUUUCUCAGGAUCCACCCGACGACAUGUUCUACAUGGAGAACGAUGGGACAAUCUACGUCAAACGCACCAACUUGGACAGAGAAAAAACGGAGCAGUACACGCUUACGGUGAGGGGUCAGGAUCUUAAUGGCGCGCCAGGCGGGAACAGCGCCACCAGCACCGCCGUCGUUAAACUAUACGAUGUCAACGACAACCAGCCCACCCUGGAAAAGAGCGUGUACGAAGGCAGCAUCUUGGAGAACACGCAAGGUGUUGAGGUGAUGCGGAUCAAAGCGAAAGACCUGGACCUGCAUGGGACGGACAACUGGAAAAGUGUUUUCAAGAUCGUCAAAGGCAACGAGGCCGGGUAUUUCAGCAUGAUCACCGACUCAAAGACCAACGAGGGCGUCCUCAUGCUCGAUAAGGCUGUGGAUUAUGAAGAUGUGAAGAACAUGGACCUGGGAAUCGCUGUGCUGAACUUGGUUCCACCUUUUGACCCAUCUGACCCAACCACAGCUAACAUAGGUUUUGGUGGAGGAGGAGGCGGGGGAGGAGGCGGGGGAGGAGGCGGAGGGGGUGGUGGUGGUGGAGGAGGGGGAGGAGGAGGUGGUGGAGGGGGAGGAGGAGGAGGAACAGGUGGAGGAGGAAGUGUCAGCUGGUUACAAGGUUUCAGCAGUGGCAUGACGAGUACCACCGGAGGAGUCACGUGGAAAGGCACCACAUACAAAACCUAUCCCAUCAAAAUCAAGGUCAAGAACCAGCGCGAGGGUCCACGUUUUGACCCCAAAGUAAAAGUCAUCACCAUGUCGGAGGGAGGCAGCUCGACCUUCAACAUGAACAACAUCAUUACUCGCUAUGCUGCGCUAGACGGCGAUACGGGGAAACCGGCCGAGAACGUGAGGUACGUUAAAGGUUCGGAUCCUGAUAACUGGCUCACCAUUGACCCGAAGACCGCCGAUAUCAGACUGAACAAGAUGCCUGACAGAGAGUCCACUAUGUUAGUGAAUGGCACCUACUACGCCAAAGUACUCUGCAUUUCUGAAGAUGCACCAUCGGGCACCGCCACCGGGACUAUAGCUAUCCAAGUGGAAGACUUCAACGACCACUGCCCCACCCUCACCAGUACCCUCGAGACUCUGUGCAUUCCCGAGGAGGCGGCCAUUAUCAGUGCUGUCGACGAAGAUGACUUCCCCAAUGGAGCACCUUUCACUUUUGAAAUAAUCCCAGAGAACACUCAGGGAAAAUGGCAGGUGGAGCAUCUCAACGAUACCGCGGCAAUCCUGAGAGCCCAACAGUCCUUAUGGCCUGGUAACCAGGAGGUGGAAUUACUGGUGAAGGAUGCGCAGGGGCAGGCGUGCCCGGAACCACAGAAGGUAACAGUCCAGGUGUGCACCUGCGAGGACGGAGUGAUUUGUGGAGCCCGAGGUGGAAGGGGUCAGCCCAACAAGAAGUCCGAGUUGGGACCCGCGGGCAUCGGUCUGCUGCUGCUGGGCUUGCUGCUACUACUGCUCAUCCCUUUACUGCUGCUCUUCUGCCAAUGCGGUGGAGCUGCAGGCCUACCAGGAACCUUUACCAAUCUGCCUUUUGACACUAAAUCACAUCUCAUUAAUUACCACACCGAGGGCCAAGGAGAGAACACGGAGGUGCCACUCAUGAACAUGCCCACGCAAGUGGAUGCUGUGGAUCUCCAAAAACAGGAUGCGCAAUUUUACACGGAUGCGAGGAACAUGCACAGCUUUCAGGAGGACUUUGGAAUCAAAAGAGAUUCGAUGAUGGGAGUGAGAAACCAGCGAAGGCUCUACUCUGAGUUCCAGAGGGAGUCAGGGGCAGCUUAUGAUGAUAUCGGUUUCCCGCAACACAUCCUUGCACAGUACUAUGCUCAGAAGUUGAGCGGUGGAGGUGAGGACCUGGCAGUGAAGGAUGCACUCUUGGUGUAUGACAACGAGGGCCAAGGCUCCCUGGCUGGCUCGGUGGGCUGCUGCAGCCUCCUGGAGAACGACAACGAUCUCCAGUUCCUCGACGACCUCGGCCUCAAGUUCAAGACCCUGGCAGAGGUGUGUGGCGGCAAAAAGAUCCAAACAGAAGUCACUCCGCCGCCCCCGAAGGUCGUGGUUGAACCGAGGCCAGAACCCCCCAAGCCGCAACCGGUUAUCCCCAAAGUAGAACAGACCGUGACUCAGGUGGUGAAAGAAAACACGACGACGCGGAACAAAGGAAGGACCACCGUGAUCGAAGGUGUGGAAAAUCAAGGUCAGAUGUUCCUGCUCCAGCAGCAGCAGCCGGUCUACUACACCGCCGCCGCCCCUGUGCUGCAGCCGAUGCAGUAUGUGGUCCAGCCACAAGUCCAGAAUACCAUGCUGCUGGCUGAGGCACCAGCUACCAACCUCCAGGGCGUGAUGCUGGCGGCUCCGCAAGGCAUGCUGGUGCAAGGACAGACGGUGAUGUCUGGCGGGCAAGCCCAAGCCCCUGGCAUGGUGCUGGUUACGGGUACCCCUGGAUCACCCACAAAAGGCAUGAUCGUACAAGGACAGACAAUGGUAUCCGGCGGAAACGCCCCGGGCUCUGGCCUGAUGCUGGUUUCCGGUAAGCCGGGAUCAUCGACACAAGGCAUGGUAGUCCAAGGAAAGGUGGUGUCCGGGAAACAAGUCCAAGGGCCUGGCAUGAUGCUCGUAACGGGCACGCAAUCAGGAACCUUACCCGGCUCCCAGACCAUAAUAGAGAGCAAGAUUCCUGUGGGCAAAGUGGUGAGGACGAGCCAAACCUCCAUCCAACAAGGCGGCGUCCAAUUGCCAGACCUGGGCUUGCCCCAGAUGAGCAACAUCUCUGGAUCUCACAGCACCACGAUGACAUCAUCCAGUACCGGCGUGAGCAGAAUCCCGACAUACCGCAAGGUGGUGCGACAGGAAGAAAAACUCACUGAACUGUGAGAAGGGCAAAUUACUCUUGAAAAGCAACUUUCGUCAAGGCGGCUCCUCAAGCAUUUUGUUAGCGUGCAAGUUUUAUUGGUGGUGGAUGUUCUGCAGCAGCUUUGCCUUGGAGCGAAGCUACAUGCGGCUGCACGUUCAUGCUAUCCGGCUCCUACCCGUCAUAUGUGUUACGCUCUUUUUCUCAAGCAACCGAUGUGGAGACCCUACCGGACACCUCAUGGAGAUUCCGCGUCUGUUUGCGAACGGAGACCACAGAGCAGAGCAAAGUGCUCCGUUAUCUCUUUGUUGGAUAUGUUGGCUGGGACUCCAUUUUUCUGCCAACGAAAAAAAAUAAAUCUCUUGGCUCGCUUUCAUCACCAACCUCGUCAAGUGGCAAAUCUUUGGUUUGGCCUGGACUGGUUUUUCUUUUUGUGAACCUUCUGGAUGAAACCGAUGCAACACCUGAAACAUUACAUGGACAGAAAGUCUGCUGCUUUGUUGUGUGUGUUUGGGGGGGGGGGGGGGGGAUUUCCUUCAUUUUGGUGUGUCCUGAGUGAAACUUAUGUUUUGAUUUUGUCAACAAUUCCCAGAUGUCUUAACCAGACAUAUUCCACAUGCUUUUUGCCAAAAUACCCCAAGGAUCGUGAACGACAGUACACAUUUCACCUUCUUGUCGUCUUGCUGAAAGUCAGCAGUUUUUUUUCCAGGGGGUCUGGGGAGGGGGCGGGGGUGUUCUUGACUCGUUCAGCUGAGCCAAACACAAAUGCCCCCUGACCCUCACUGUGUCAACAACUUCACAGAGUAAUCAAAUACCGUAUGUACCAUUUAGCCAACGGUAAUCAACAUCCAGGGAAACUCAAUGCAGCUCUGCUUACCUUAUAUUCAACUUUUCCCAUAGUGGAUUUAAAAAAAAACAGGAAUUGGACAACUCAGGACUAUAUAAAGUAUAGCAAACCUCUUAUGGACUGAUUGAUUCAUUGAUUGAUUGAUUGAUAGGCAUUUCCCAAGACUGUGGUCCACAUAGGGUAUUUGGCAUUCUGGAGUUUUCUUUAGAUGAGAAAUAUUCUGCUGACUGGUGAGCAAACUUAGAUGUGCAGUAUAUAUAUGGAUGCUUAUGGAUGUGCAAUGCACCAGGGUGGGCUCAUUGUAUGUUUUUCACAUGUCAGGAGAAGGUUUUGAUUGACUUGUUUAUUUUUAAACAGGAGUUCUUCUUUUUUCAUUGAUUGGAAGAUGUUUUCUACAGCAAAAUAAAAAGAUGCGGUAGCGAGAUUCAAA